AUGAACGGCAACGGGCAUCUGCAGGGCGCUGUGCGCUCGCCGUAUGCCGAGUACAACAGCCCUGCGCAUGAGCAUGAGCACGGGCAUGAGAGGUCCGGCUCCAACGAUUCCACCUACACGCUGAAGCCUUUCUCGAAUGGAAGACCGAAAGGGCGGGCGCGGGGUGAAUCGGAUCUGGGUCGCUCACCGGCAAGGAAGACACCUGCCGUUGAGAAGUAUGGCUUCUCACCGGUAUCACCCAUACAGGAGUCUCCAGCGCAUGUGCCUCCUCCUCCUGUUUCUUCAUCAUGGCUAGAACUCCCCGAAGCCCUUACCGCGCUCCUAAUACCUCUCCCGUAUCUUUUCGCCGCAUUAGCAUACCCCAGCGGCGUCAGACCGCCUUCCGAGCUACCGUCGAGUCUAUCAGAAGCCGUAGCAGAGAAAUCGCCCGAACUCGAAUACGCGACCGCAACUAGUGGCUUCCCAUUACUACGUGCGCUCGCUCUCUCGUCUGGGACGCUGCUGCUGGUCGGUGUAAUAGCCAAAGUCAACUCCAGUCUACAGCCACUCGACAGGCGGAAGGAGGAGAAGGGCACUUUCAAUAUCAGCAAUGCGCCGAAACGCGUGGCAAGCAAUAUACUCGGCGUCCUACUGCCGUUCUACGCAUCUCUACACAUAGGAGGAGCGAAGACAGCCUUAGCCAUGUUAGUAGCAGUCGCUGCAGGCAUUGGUGCCCUAGACCAGAAGCCAGGGAAACACACACCUUGGGACGAUAUUCGACGAACAUUGAGGACCAGGAAGGUGACCUGCGGGGCCCUUCUCUUGGGCAUGACGGCUGACAUAUAUACCUCUGGCAACGUCACAGGCAGCCUGAUCGGCUAUUUGGCCCUUCUCGUAUCGCUACUCCUGGUCCCUCCGCCUCUUCCCACAGCAGGCUGGUCAUUGAUGACCGGACCAAAGAGUCAAGACUCAUACAUGACUCAAAAGCCAUCUCGCGCAUCGCUGCCCAAGCCCUCUUCACUACUAGUGAACAGUACCGAGAAUCAGCUACUCACUAUUGCUUCAGGCCUUAUACUCACUGUCACAACUAUUCUGUAUUCACUUGUUUCUUCUGCCACGCCCUCUUUGUCGCAUCACACCCUGGGCUUCUCAACUUUAUCGGUUGCAUCCACUACGGCGCUCGUUUUCCUGUCACUUCCCGCAUCAUUACGGAGUCAAAAGCAGGUUGGAUUGAGAUUGAGUGGCAUUCUCAUCUUCGCACUGAGCUUCUUGGAACACCAGGCUCUUAGUCAUUUCAACAUCGCGUUCCCUUGGGUUUGCGCUAUGCUAAUCGCGGCGGUCGCCGUCGACACUCGUUCUUCUGUACCCCAUUCGCACGAUCAUGGACAUGCAGGACACAAGCAUUCGCAUGGUCAUGACCACGGCCAUAAUCACGAUCAUCAUCUUCAUGGAAAUCAUUCUAGGAUAUCGGCAUUCCUCAUUGCGCGCGCGACUCCAGGCUCGAUUGUGCAUAGCGUGCUGAUCGAGCGAGAUUCGCGACGCAUUGCGUACUUUGGCGUGCUCAACCUUUCCUUCAUGAUGGUUCAAUUCUUCUACGGUUUCGUCAGUGGAUCCUUGGGGCUGCUCACGGAUAGUAUCCACAUGCUCUUCGACUGCGCUGGUCUCGCCGUGGGACUUGCAGCAGCAGUGAUGAGCAAGUGGCGCCCCAACGCCCGCUUCCCGUACGGCUAUGGCAAGGUCGAUACGCUGUCUGGCUUUGCAAACGGCGUCUUCCUUCUGUUGGUCAGUUUGGAGAUCAUCUUCGACGCUUUUGAACGCCUCUGGGAAGGCCACGAACUCCAGCGCCUCAAUGAGCUUUUGAUUGUCAGCAUUCUUGGUUUCAUCGUUAAUAUCGUGGGCCUUGUAGCCUUUGGCCAUGCGCACCACGGCCAUGGACACGAUCAUGAUCACGGACAUGAGGGCCAUGACCAUGGACAUGGCCAUUCCCACGAUAACGAGAAUAUGCAGGGAAUCUUUCUGCAUAUCCUUGCCGACGCACUUGGCUCUGUUGCAGUCAUCAUAUCUACCCUUCUUACAAAGUACUAUGGUUGGUCUGGAUGGGAUCCGAUUGCGUCCUGCAUUAUCGCGAUCCUGAUCUUCUUGUCAGCGAUCCCGCUUGUCAAGUCGAGUGGCGCAAGACUCAUGCUGAGCCUGCCCAACGACCUCGAGUAUAGCAUUAGGAAUACCUUGGGCGAACUGGGCACAUUGAGAGGCGUUGUCGGAUACACGGUACCCAAGUUUUGGCUCGAGGACGAAGGUGCUGCGCACGCAGAAGCACACGCAAAAGAAGAUCAUGAUUGUGGAGGCGGCCAUAAGCAUGAUGACCAUCCGCACGAUCAUCACGAGCAUGAUCAUUCGCAUUCACACGAUCACAGCCACGGCCACUCUCACUCGCAUUCACAUGACCACGCACACUCUCACGACCACGGCCAUGACCACGGACAUGCGCAUUCACACUCGCAUGAUCAUCACGACCACGACCACGACCAUAGCCACGCACCCAAGCAACGCCGCAUUCUCGGCGUAAUCCACAUCAUUGCCAACCGCAUGGCAGACCCAGAAGACGUGCGUGAGCGCUCGCAUCAGUUCCUGAAGGACCGGGGUAUGGAUGUAGUAAUACAUGUCGAGAAAGAAGGCGAGGGACGGUGCUGGUGUGGAGGUGGAAGUGAAUACAAGGUCAACUGA